AUGGAGGGCGAGCACUCCUCCACUUCAGCGAUAGACUUGACCGGGACACCUGCUGGCAUUGGUAUGUCUCACCCGGACUCACCUUCGCUCGCGCCUUCGGGCAGCCGGAAUAGCUUUGCACGCCGACGAGCAAGUUGGGGGCGCAACGAUGUCGGCCAGGACCCUCUGGGUAUCAGACUGUCUCCAGCCGACGUGCAGAGACCAGGGGAGUUCGGGUGGAAUCUCGACGACGACCCGUUCGCCUCUCCCUUGGACAACGUAUACGCGGUGCAGGAGCUGCCGUAUAGGAAUACGGAGGCGCGCUACACGACGACAACUGGACAGUUCCCCACGUCGCAGGCCGGCCCUUCUUCGGUCUCGUUGGUAUCUGAAUCCCGUAGCUCGGUGGACGCCAGUGCAGAGGGCGACGAGGCGCGCUUGACGGGGGACAUGCCGAGGUACGUGAAAGGUAGUGAGUGGGGUCUGCCGGACGAUGGGGAUCCUGAGCGGUCGGCCAUGCGACGGAAGAAUGCGAGAUACAGUGCGUCGCCGUCGCCGUUCAAAAGAACAGGCAACACGUUGAAGCUGAUGUCGCGCGGGUUGCAACGUGCAUCCACGCGCGUGGUGAACCUUGCUGGCUUUGGGUUGGAGGAGCAUGUGCGUCUAGCAGAUGUUGACAAUGACUCGGAGGCUACGCUCGCUGACAAGACUCGAGGCGACGACGAUGACGAUGACGACGACGACGAAGGGCAAUACGCUGUGCUUCCGGACUUGUCGAGACGGCUUCCCAUCCGCGGGCGGACACUCGGAAUUUUGGGACCUACGAGCAAAGUGCGCAUGGCUAUGUAUCGAUUGCUUGUGUACCCAUGGACCGAACCUCUUAUUUUAUUGCUGAUCAUAUUCAAUGCAGUUGUCUUAACAAUACAGUCUCAGCGAUCGGCCGCGCUCCCUGAGAAUUACAGCGGAGAACCGGCGCCGGUGAAAGGUUACUUUCACCAAUGGGAAGACUACGCGCUGUUUGCUCUCUUCUGUUUCUUCACUGUUGAGGCAUUCGCCCGAAUAUGUGUAUCAGGAUUCCUGCUCGACCCCGAAAUUCCGAUAUCAUCGCUCCUCUCCGCCUUUUCGUUUUCUGUAUACCCCGACUCGUCCAUACCCGCAGGCCAUGUAGAGCCUCGCACACCACUGUCUCGUCACACGUCGCUCGCACGUUCCAACUCGCAUCGCGCACCUAAACAUACGUUCACUCAACGUUUAGAACAGCUGCUUACCAACCUCGCGCGCCCUUUCGCAUUGCGACAUGAUGUCAUGUCUCUACCUAGGCAAGAGCCUACUCAAGCACCACGGACGCCAUCACAUCUCCGAUCCGACACUGCACAAUCAAAGACUCCCAUGAUCGAGAGGGCCUAUGCAAAGGCGAAGGAGGUGCAUACACAUAUGCGCAACCCAACACAUCCGAAUAUUCUCUCCACGGCUCUCCGCUCGGACAAUCCGGACUUGUUAGCUCUGCCGUUUCGCCUGAAUAUUGCAGAGGCGCGCGUCCAUACCCAACGGAACGUUCCGUACCUUCGUCAUAGCUGGAGUAGGAUUGAUUUCGUUGCUGUUGUGAGCUUCUGGAUUUCAUUCAUAUUAGCUACCACUGGAGUGGAGCGCGGUCGGUAUCAUAUUGGUAUAUUUCAAGCCAUGAGUGUUUUGAGAACCGCAAGGCUUCUGACAAUUACGUCCGGUACCACUACGAUCAUGCGCUCGCUAAAAACUGCUCGGCCCUUACUUGCAAGUGUCGCAUACUUCGUGAUCUUCGCUAUGAUUUUGUUUUCAAUUAUUGGUAUACAGGCAUUCAAGGGUUCUUAUUUGCGCUCAUGUAAUUUGCUGCCAACAUUGGGUGAAUCGGAGAUUAACCUAACUCAAAACUGUGGCGGGUGGAUCAAUUCAGACACCCUAGAGGUCAUGGGUUAUGUAAAACAAGAUGGUACGUAUGGAGAUGUGAAGGGAUUCAUCUGUCCAAAAGGUUCGGUAUGCAUGGAGAACUCGAUGAACCCGUAUAAUAAUAUAGAAAGCUUCGACACCAUAUACUACUCAGCACUGCAAGUGUUUAUUGUUGCUUCUUCUAACGGCUGGUCCCCAAUCAUGUACAAUAUGAUGGAGGCCGAAUUUUUCAUCUCGUGCUUGUUCUUCAUAGGCUGUAUCGUUGUCCUCAACUUUUGGUUGAUCAAUCUCUUCGUUGCUGUCAUUACCAAUACCUUUGCUGCCAUUAGGGCGGGCACGCAGAAGAGUGCUUUCGGAGCUGCAUCCAUAGCGCCUGUUGUUGAUGAAAGCGAUGACGGAUGGACCGUUGUCGACGGCAAGCGAAUCUCUAGUCGUAAUCGCAUCAAAGAAAUAUACCAGAACAUUCGGUGGUGUUGGGUUGCCCUGGCCCUUGCAUCACUUGUUUUACAGGCGACUCGGACAGUUGACAUGAGUGCCACGCACAUCCAAGUUCUCAGCUUGGGCGAAUUGGCCCUCACCGUCGCGUUCGACAUCGAGAUAGUCGUCCGAAUCAUCGCCGAGUUCCCGGACUGGCGUGCCUUCUUCACUCGAGGUCAGAACCUGCUAGAUCUGGUGCUCGCUAUCGGUUCCAGCAUUAUCCAGGUUCCUGCGAUUCAUGACUCGUCUAUCUAUCCUUGGUUGACCAUCUUCCAAUUGAUGAGAUUUUAUCGAGUCAUCUUGGAGAUACCGAGAAUGAAACCGCUAUUAUUGGCAGUAUUCGGGAACAUGUACGGUUUGGCCAAUAUGACGCUUUUCCUCAUCAUACUUAAUUACAUCGCUGCUCUGGUGGGAGUCCAGCUUAUGCGAGGUGACAUUCCGAGGGGAGAAUUCAUUGACUACGGCCAAGUCUACAACUCAUUUCUGGCCGCAUAUCAAUUGUUCUCGUCGGAGAACUGGACGAACGUAUUAUAUGGCGUUGGCCCUCCAGAGAUUUUGCUGAGACAGGCUCCGAUCGUCAUCCUGUAUCUCACGGGCUGGUUUUCUUUGGCCAAUUUUAUCAUUAUGCAGAUGUUUAUUGCCGUAAUCAACGAGAAUUUUCAAGUCGCCGAGGAGUCAAAACGCAGCAGACAGGCAUCUCACUACUGGGCUUCUCACCAAUUGCAGAAGACGGAAAUCUCGUGGUUGCGCAAGCUGAACCCCUACGUAUGGUUGAAGGCACAGCCAAAAGCAAUCGCGGUGGAACAUCUCCCGUCAAAUCUUGUCCUUCCUAUGCAGAAGACCCUGGUUGAAGACUACGCGUUGCCCAAGGAUCCAGCACUCAACAAAGAUACCUGGGGACAGAGAGGCGUGCCUCGAAGGUAUUCUCCCAAGGCUUAUCUGCAGAAGUUACAACGUCUGUUUUAUGGCGAAGCCGAUGUUGAUUCAGUGCCAAUGGCCACAAUUAGAAACGGUAGACGGGACUCUACUCUCCCUCAAGAUCAGAUAGACGAAGAGACUGAACGCCACUUGGAGGUUCUAGCAGCUCUGAAUUCUGAGACAGUCGCUGCAGAGGACCUAACAGAUGUUCUCUACGAGCGUCGUGCACGAAAGGCCGAUUUCAUUCGCGAUCACCCAACAUAUGACAAAACGUUUUGGAUCUUCUCUCAAAAGAAUAUCUUGCGUCGGAUGUGCCAGAAAAUUGUCGUUCCAGCUGGGGGAGAGCGGAUUUUUGGCUCGUCUCAUUCUCGAAUCGCUCAUCCGAUUUUUCAGCUGAUCCUGCUCCUCGCUGUCAUUGGUGGAAUUGCGGUUGAAUCUAUUGCGACACCUCUCUAUCGUCGCAGCUACUAUGAGCAACAUGGUCUCAUCCGCGGUUCUUGGUUCGAUAUCACGGAAACUGCCUUUGGCCUGACGCUGCUUUUGGAGUUUGUCAUCAAGGUCGUCGCAGAUGGAUUUGUCUUCACGCCAAACGCCUACGUACGAAGUAUCUGGAAUAUUCUCGAUCUUCUUAUUCUGUCUGGGGCUUCAGUCAACAUCAUCACCGGAUUAAUCUUUAUAGGAGGACUAAGCCGUCUCACCAGGUCACUUAAAGCUUUACGUGCUCUUCGUUUAAUAACUCUAGUUGACAUGAUGAGGUCUACGUUCGAAUCCCUCAUCAUUUCUGGAGUCUCGCGAAUCCUCGAUGCUUGUCUUCUCGCAAUUUUGUAUAUGAUUCCGUACGCCGUCUGGGGCCUCAAUAUCUUUGCCGGUCUCAUGAAGGAAUGCAAUGAUACUAGCGUCUCGGACAUUACCCAAUGUGUCAACGAGUACAGCAACACAAUCUACGGCAGCUCAUUUGGCUUUAUGGCCCCUAGGGCAUGGUCCGAUCCUUCCCCUUCCACUACUUUUUCCUUCGAUACUUUCCGGACAUCCUUGCUGAUCCUCUUCGAGAUCGUCUCUUUGGAAGGAUGGGUUGAUGUGAUGACUGUUGCAGUCAAUAUUGUAGGGCCUGGCCAACAACCACAGACGAAUGUAGCCCAGUUUAACUCCAUCUUUUUCUUGAUUUACAAUCUCUUGGGAGCCGUGAUCAUCCUCACGCUUUUUCAUCCUUUGACUUUCUCUUCCAGUAUCAUUAUUGGCAACUUCACUUCGAAGACGGGUUCGGCACUCCUGACACAAGCUCAGCGAGAAUGGAUUGACCUCCAAAAGCUUAUCAAGCGCCAAAGACCAUCCAAACGACCCAUCAGCAAACCAUCUUGGCCUCCACGGGCUUGGUGCUAUGACCGUGCAGUUCACAAACACGGGUGGUGGCAUCGAAUGAUGACGGUGAUCUUCACGUUACACGUAUUUGCGCUAAUGACGCAGACUCUUGGAACAACGUCGGCAUACGACAACGUUCGCGAUGAUUUCUUCCUCGUGGUCACUGUUGUGUACACAAUCGAUACCAUCGUUCGGCUGUUUGGACAAGGUUGGCGGAGCUUUUGUGCGAAUGGCUGGAACCUCUUCGACCUCGUCGUAGCCUUUGGAAGUCUUCUGACGUCGUUCAUUACGCGCUUCGGAUCUACUGGUUAUGUCGAAGAACAGCUGCAGAAAUUAUUUAUCACCUGCAUUGCUCUCAAAUUGGUACAACGAACGAAUAGUCUUAACAAGUUCUUCAAAACGGCAGUAGCGAGCCUGCCCGCAAUUAUAAGUCUGCUAUGCUUGUGGAUGAUUCUCUUCUUGUUCUUCGCUAUCACGUAUAUGGAGGUCUUCAGUUUGACGAAGUGGUAUUCGGCAGAAACCCCCAGCGAAAACUAUACAACUAUCGCUAAAGCCUUGGUGAUGCUAGCGUUUAUGACCACAGGGGAGGGUUGGAAUCAAUAUAUGCACGAUUUUACAAUUGAAUACCCGCGCUGCACCAAUCUGUCGAACGGUGAUUCUGAUUGUGGCAGCGAGGCAUGGGCAUUCACACUGUUCAUUGCCUGGAAUCUUAUCAGCAUGUAUAUUUUUGCCAACCUCUUUGUCGGUCUGGUGGUGGAAAGCUUCUACUACGUCUUCCAAUUGUCGGGCGGAGCAAAAUCGAUCACUCGUGAAGAGAUGCGUGCUUUCAAGAAAGUUUGGGCCGAAUUCGCGAAUCCGAAGACUGGUUAUCUUGAACGUAAUCGCUUCGUGGCAUUCUUCGGGAAAUUGAGUGGCGUCUUUGAGGUCAGAAUUUACCCUGCGGAACACAGUAUCCCAAAUAUUAUGGCACGGUCGUCGGAUUCCGAGUCAACCGACCGCAUCGUAGAUGGACUCAAUCUCGACCAGCUAGAGGCAACAUUGACCACAAUUGAUCGCGCCGCAAUAAAGAGGAGGAAAAACCUGUACAACAGGCUUUAUCAUGAAGCCCGCAUCUCCUAUGAGCCUGGAAAGGGCAUAUCGUUCACAAGUAUGCUCCUGUUGCUGGCACACCAUAAGCUUAUCGUGGAUCGUGAUGCCUUGGUGCUUAAGGAUUUGGUUGUUCGCACUGAAACCAACAAGCUUGUGACAGAUCUUGUGGAUUUCGACCGUGUUCAGUCAUUGUUGCUUAUGAUUUCGUUCCGACGACGGUAUUUGCGGCAGAGGGAACAGAUGCGGAUUGCACAAAUAGAAGAACAAGAUAUCCCAGCGAUCAUCGUUAGCGACAUUAUGAUAACGCCACCCAAGAUCUCGCGCGAUAUCACCUCACCGGGACAUAACACCACCCCACGGCUUGCGGACCCUGGCUCGCCGGCGCUGUCCAACAACGAUCUUUCUCCUGACCUAACACUCACACCAGACUCGCCAACCCCGUCAAACCUGCACCGGGGUAGGCGGAUCAGUGACAUCAGCAUGUUGUCUCUCGAUCCAAGCAGGAGCGGGUGGUCUGAGGGCGCUUCGCGGGACUCACGGCUGACUGUGGACGAGCCCGAUCACAUACUGGCUUCCGUGCAGGACUCCGUGUGGAAUGGCAAGUGA